AGCCCAUCUCUUUUGUCCUCACUUACACAUCAUUCCACUACUUUCUUUUCCCUCUCUUAUUCUCAAACUCAUACAAUUAUAGAGACAGAUUCAAAAUUUGAAUAUCCUUUAUUUUUUUUUUAUAUAUCCGUGUUUAAACUCAAAUUGUUAAUUUUCUUGACCUGUCAACAUCGAACACACAUUAUAUAGCCCUCAGAGGAUAUAAUUUAGUUUCUGAAUCCGCCACUGAAUAUAUUAUAUUGUUCAUGGAAGUGUUGAUAGUUUUUGUAGCGAUGUUAAGUAUUAUUGUUAGAACAAAGGCUAUGUGGUGUGUAGUAAGAAGUGAUGCAAGUCAUCAAGCAUUACAAAGAGGUUUAGAUUAUGCUUGUGGUAAUGGUGCUGAUUGUGCACCAAUUCAAUCUACUGGACUUUGUUAUCUUCCAAAUACUAUUCAAAAUCAUGCUGCUUAUGCAUACAAUAGUUACUAUCAAAGGAACAACAUGGCUCCUGGUUCUUGUCACUUUUCUGGGACUGCUACUUUUGCCAAAACUGAUCCAAGUUAUGGAUCUUGUGUCUACCCGGCUUCCCCAAGAGCUGCUGGAGGGCCGAUUCCUCCGGGAAUUGGAGGCCACAACAACACGAGUGGAGGGAUCACGACCACCCCAAUACUAUAUUCACCACCACGAGCGAUUAUAAACCCUGUAUAUGCGAACAGAACGACACCAAUUACAGAAUCAACUGAUCCCGACUCUCAAGAUUCUAAAGCAACUUGUCCUAAGUUUUGGACAAUGGCAACCUUAGUUCCAACAUGUUUGAUGUCUCUCCACAUGAUUCAUGAUUUUCAACUUUUGUAGGUAUUGUUGAAAGAGUAUACAAAAUGUUUGUGUUAGUAUACGAAAACUUGAUUAAGUGCAAUUUUGUAACAAAUGUAAACUUUAUUUUGCUAUUGUGAAGAACUGAAGAUCAAUGAAGCUUUGCCGUAGUAUUGUAA